AUGGGACGAGAACGUAAGCGUCUUACUACAAGUCGUGUUGAUCGAAUUAUUCAUCGAAAACUAAUCUCAAAUCGACGAAUGGCUGCAUCAAAUAUGGCACUAGAUCUCAAAAAUAAUUAUGAAACAUCGAUAUCUCCUCAAACAAUUCGUAACAGAAUGCAUGAAAUUGGCUAUCGAGGAUGCGUCGCUCGAAAAAAGCCGUUGUUGAAAAAAUCUCACCGACGAAAACGUGUUUUAUGGGCUCGAGAACAUUCAUUUAAAUCGAAAGAAUUUUGGAAUUCGAUUUUGUAG